AUGCGGCUUACUUUGGGAAAUCAGAGCUCCGUGACCUCGUUCAUCCUGGUGGGCUUCUCCGAGUACCCACACCUCCAGGCCCCCCUCUUCCUGGUGUUCCUGACCAUCUACACCAUCACCCUGCUGGGGAACUUGGGCAUAAUAGUGGUCAGAAAGAUCAACCCCAAGCUUCACACACCCAUGUACUUUUUCCUCAGCCAUCUUUCCUUCUUGGAUAUUUGCUAUUCCAGCGUGUUUACACCCAAACUCUUAGAGAUCUUAAUUGUGGAAAACAAAACUAUCUCCUUUAGGGGGUGCAUGACACAAUAUUUCUUUGGCUGUGCGUAUGUGAUUACAGAGAUGUUUCUGUUGGCGGCGAUGGCCUAUGACCGGUUCGUGGCCGUCUGUAACCCCCUGCUCUACACAGUCGCGAUGUCUCCUAAGCUCUGUGCUCUCCUGGUAGCAGGGACUUACACGUGGGGGGGACUCUGCUCCUUGAUAAUCACAUACUCUCUGGUGCAGCUGUCCUACUGUGAGUCUAACAUCAUAAAUCACUUUGGCUGCGAGUACUCUGCUGUCCUCUCUGUGUCCUGCUCAGACCGCUCCUUCAGCCAGAUGGUAUGCUUCAUCAUUUCUAUAGUCAGUGAAGCCGGCAGCCUCCUGAUCAUCCUUGCAUCCUAUGUCUUCAUAGUUGUGACUAUCAUCCGCAUGCCCUCCAAGGGGGGACUCCAGAAAGCCUUCUCCACCUGCGCCUCCCACCUGACAGCCAUCAGCAUCUUCCACGGCAUCAUCCUGCUUCUCUACUGUGUGCCCAGCUCCAAGAGCUCCUGGCUUUUUGUCAAAGUGGCCACUGCACUUUACACAGUCCUGGUCCCCAUGCUGAAUCCGCUCAUCUACAGCCUCAGGAACAAGGAUGUGAAAGACACGGUCGGGAGGAUAAUCAGCUCCAAGCUGCAUUCUCAAUCCACAUAA